UGACGAUCAAAAGGUCUUCGGGCGAGUUCGGAAUGAUCAUCCCUGAAGAUCUUAGAUCAAUGGAUCUGAGUCGUCAGAUCAUGAUGAUGAUCUUGAACGAUGUGUAAAGAUUAGCUAACAAAAACUACAACUACAAAAAAUACAUGGCCUCUUCGUCCACCUUUCCCUCCCCUUCUGCGGCGAGUAAAAUCGCCGUUGGUCCAGCGCACUCGUUCGUGAUUGGAGAAGGUGGGCAACGCAUUUUCGGAUUCGGAAAGAACCAGAACAAUGUGUUCCUAGACGAAGAUGCAUUGCUGAAAACCAGUAUAACAGAAUUGGAACGGCUAUUAAGGCAGCUACUAGUUUUUCCCUUUUUGCUUUCUAUGGCAUUGACAAAACUUCCAAAGAUUUAGCCCACUUGUUGGAGGAGAGUGAGUGUGAGUAUCCUGAAGAAGAGUGUGAAGAUCCUUCUUGGACGAUAAGAGAACAUUUUUUUGUCGUCCAAGAAGAAUUUCUCAUCUCAAGGAAAGGAGGGUCCUCGUCUCAGGGAUGCUAACAAGCGGUAGCUCAUCUAAGGCCAAGGCCAUUCGAACAGGGUAAUGCGCAGCCUGGAGACCGGAUCUACCAGAUAGCAUCAGGGAGUAACCAUGCGGUAGCAAUCAUCAAAAGCAAGCCGGACGCACUAGGCGGCCGCGUGUUGGCUUGGGGCUUGGGGUUGCGGGGUAGGCUGUCGCAUAGGGAUCCUGCAUCAGGG